AUGGCAACAAUGGCAAGCACGCCCCAACAGACUUCCCUUGUCCACGACGACAUUGAACUCGAUGAGGCAUCGGCGAGAGAACCUUCCGAAGGUGUCAGCCAUGCUUACCCUGAAGGAGGCCGCGAGGCGUGGAUGUGCCUCUUCGGCUCAGCCCUGAUGAUGUUUCCAUCGUUUGGAUUCCAGGCUGCCAUUGGGACAGUACAGGGCUAUCUCAGUCAGCACCAGCUCGCCCACUACAGCGUCAGCCAAAUCGGCUGGAUCACAGCGAUGUUGCUCUUCUUGACCCUCUUCUUUGGUGUGCAGGUUGGGCCUUUAUUCGACCGUUACGGGCCCAGAAUGCUGUUAGUUGCUGGUUCUCUUUCGAGCUUUGCCUCGUACAUCCUCCUGGCUGAAUGCACGGAGUACUGGCACUUCAUGCUCUGUCUGGGCAUCUUCAGCGGUUCUGCAGCAGCAGUCGUCACGACUGUUUCGAUAUCAGUACUCAGCCAUUGGUUCUACAGACGCCGUGCACUCGCCUCUGGUCUCUGCAUGGCUGGUUCAUCAGCAGGUGGUGCAAUACUUCCUAUCCUGCUCCGUCACCUCUUCCCAAUGUACGGCUGGAAGUGGUCAAUCCGUAUUAUCUCUUUCAUCGCACUCGCCUGCUACUCUGCCGGAAUCGCACUCGUCAAAGGCCGCUUCCCUCCAAGCCCGCUGCGAAGAGCCACAAUUGAUAUCGCGGCCUUCAAAUCUCCACGUCUCAGCUUCCUCGCCCUCGCCGUUUUCGUCUUUGAAUUCAUCAUCUUUGGCUGCGCUGCCCUACUCCCAACAUAUGUCCGCUUCGCUGGUCUUUCUAAAGACGUCCAGUUCUACUCCGUCACGCUGCUUAACAGCAUGAGCCUUCUCGGCCGUGUUCUUCCCGGCAUCGCCGCAGACCUGGUUGGCCGCUUCAACAUCCUCCUCUCCCUCGUCACCCUCACCUUCAUCGUCAUGGCCACCGUCUGGCUCCCCGUCGGUUCCGCGAGCGAAGCAACCUUAUACGCCGUCGUCGCGGUCUUCGGCUUCGGCUCCGGUGGCUGGAUCUCGCUGACGCCUGUAUGUGCUGGCCAACUAUGCCGGACUGAUGAAUAUGGCCGUUUCUAUAGCACGGUCUAUGCGGUUGCCUCGUUUGGCGUGCUGAUUUCGGUGCCUGUUGGUGGAGAGUUGCUGUCGGCUACGACGCCUCAGAUCCUUAUUGGCAUGUAUUCGGCUGUUUUGCUGCUUGGUUUGGUGUGCGUGGCUUUGUCGCGGUGGGCGCUGUUGGAUUGGAGGUGGAGGUGGAGGGUGAAGGUUUGA